AUGAUGAUGAAGGUUAGCCCAAGGGUCAGCGUUCACGUUUGCUUGUGCAGCACUAGACAUGGGAAGGAGUGCCCCCAUUACAACAAUAAAAGAGGGGACGGCGCCACAGCCGACUCACCAGAGAAAAUGAAGCCGGAGCAGGCCACCCACAACAAGAUGACCACGGCGGCCUCCUCCCCGUCCCCCGUCGUCGGCCUGCGGGGCGUGGUCAGCUCCCUCGUCGCCUUCUUCAUCGUCGUCAGCUCCGUCUCCCUGCUCUUCGACCGCGGCCACGAGUCGCAGGUGCAGCUGGCGGUGCAGCACCGGCACCAGGAGGUGAAGGUGGCCGCGGCCGGCCGCCGCGAGGCGCAGGUGCAGUGGACGGACGAGCUCAUGGGCGAGGCUGUAAGGGGCUCUGGCGAGGAGUGCAACUGGUCCGUGGGGCGUUGGGUGUACGACAACGCCUCCCAGCCGCUCUACUCCGGCCUCAACUGCUCCUUCAUCUUCGACGAGGUCGCCUGCGAGAAGUAUGGCCGGAAUGACACCAGGUACCAGUAUUGGAGAUGGCAGCCCGAUGGAUGUGAUCUUCCAAGGUUCAAUGCCACAAAACUGCUCGAAAAACUGAGGAACAAGAGGAUGGUCUUCGUCGGCGACUCAAUCAACAGGAACCAAUGGGUCUCCAUGGUGUGCAUGGUGGAGGCCUCCAUCCCUGAAGGCCAGAAGAUGCGCGUUUACAACGGCUCGCUCAUCUCCUUCACGGCAUUCGAAUACAAUGCGACAAUCGACUUCUACUGGUCGCCGCUGAUACUGGAAUCCAACAGCGACAACCCGAUAAUUCACCGGGUUGAGUACCGGAUAAUACGGGCGGAGAAGAUUGAGAAGCAUGCCCGUGCCUGGGGCAAUGCUGAUGUUAUUGUUUUCAACUCUUACCUUUGGUGGAGGAAGCAGAAGCCCGACAUGAAGAUGAAGGUCAUGUAUGGUUCAUUUGAGGACGGUGAUGCAAAGCUAGACGAAGUGGAGAUGGUGGAAGGUUUCGAGAUUGCUCUCAAGAAACUAACCGAGUGGGUGGGAGCGAACGUCGACAACAAGACUAAAAUCUAUUUCGCAGGCUCGUCGCCUACACAUACCUGGGCAAGCGACUGGGGCGGAGACGACAGCAACAAGUGCCUGAACGAGUCGGAGCCGAUCCAGAAGGUGGGGUACAAAGGCGCGACCACAGACUACAGCAUGAUGGACAAGGCGAAGCAGAUCUUCAGGCCGCUGGAGCAGAAAGGCAUAAACGUUCAGAUACUCAACUUCACCCAGCUGACCGACUACCGCAUCGACGCGCACCCCACCGUGUUCCGGCGGCAGUUCACCCCCCUCACGAAGGAGCAGAUCGCCAACCCGAGCAGCUACGCCGACUGCACGCACUGGUGCCUCCCCGGCGUCCCGGACGUGUGGAACCACUUCCUCUACUCGUAUCUCGUGCAGAAAUGA